UCAGUCAGGCGUUUAAAAGUUGAUUUAAGAAGUAAAUUCACUUACUACAUAAAUAAAGUGUGUAUCGAAUAUCAAAGACAUGUGACAGGCUUGUAUAAAUAUAUUGAUCUGUAUCCUAAUGUUGAGGGCAAGUUUUCAACAGUUCAAAACUUUUUUUAUAUUGUCAAGAGUUUCUUUAUAUUUUGAGAUUCUCUGAUGGAAAUGGAAAUGACAGGUGUUGUCCUAAGCACUGCCGUGACAGUCAGUGAAAAAGGAGAAAUCAACAUGCUUAAAAAGUGUCAGUAGAAGGGUUUCUUGAUGGGUGUUGAAGGGGUGCGCAGCACAAAAAAGCAGGACCCUCAUGAGUUGCUAUAGGCCUAGUUCACUAAAUGUAAAGGGGUCUGGGACCAAUUUUGUUUUAUCUCCCUUGGGACCAAUGAGUUGGCCAUUCCAUAGAUAGAUGACUUUGAUGGCCAUGGCUUACAGCAAAUGGCAAAUUACGAAUGGAAAUUGACAAUAUGUUGUGUUUACUUCAGAAGAUGUAUCUGACCUCAACACGGUUGAUUUAUUUUAAUUUGAACUGUGGAUAAUCUUUUGCAUCUGUCUUCAAUACUGAACUGACAUUUCCAGUUAUCAAGAGAUCUUGCAUCUUGACCCAUUUAGUUACAAAAGUUUAUUAUGGUGGUUAAAGUCGGUUAAAUAUUCACACACUCAUUUUGUGGAAUUCCAGAAAACCACCAAAGAAAGAAAAAGAAAAAAGUUAUUUCUAAGAUCAAUUAAUCAGAUUAAUGGUGCUAAAUGGUUUUAUUUUGCUUGUUGGCAUUUUGAAAGAUGAAUUUAGAAUUGUCCAAUAAAAAAAGCCUCUUAAAUGUUGGAUGAAAGAAUGAAUAUUAAGCUCUUGCUUCUUUUUCAUACCUGUCCAGUCUGCCAUAGGACAAUGCCUGAGUUACAACAGUUAACGAAAACCCCACAAUGAUUCAAUAUCCCAUGUAUAUGGCCUAUAUUGUUGAUCAGACUAAUUAAAGCUGUCAUCACAAAAUGUCAUUUAUUUCCUUACAGGGUUGCUUCUGAAUUGGCCAUUUCUUCAUUGCCAUGGAUAUGAGUGAUUCGUUUAUAUUAUUAAAGAUCUUCGCGCCAAUCUUAACCUUUACAUUUUUGACAAUUUGCUGUACUGGCUUGUGUAAACUCUUCCAGCGGGCCCGUAAGGAGCGCGUGGAGCGCCUGCAGGGUCAGGCUCGAGCCGUGGAUCUUCCGUCUGUGUACGUCAUUCCGAUCUCUAUGUCUGAAGACGAGCUGCACAGGCCGCCGCGCUACAGCACCGUGCAGUUCUACGAGUACGAGCCCCCUCCGGCUUAUCACGAGUUAUGUCUGAAGCCUGAAGCCUCCCCUCUGGAAUCCCCUCCUGCAUAUUCAGAAUCUGUCUCAAACUCACCCUCCCAGUCAUGAAUAAUGACCUCACCACACACAGUAGCCUAUCUCAAGCACUUGGACAAAAAAAGUGUGAUUGCCCUGACUUUUUUCAAUGAUUACUACUCAUGCUACCUAUGCAAAGUGAGGAGAAAAAUGUCACAGAUGUGAUUUGAACAUGUUUUAUAGGGUCAUCAUGAACCCUCACACAAUUAGUAGCGUAAGGAACUUGUUUAAAAGUUAAA